CUGUUGUCGAUCGGUGCAGACGUUAAAAGGUGUCUGGUAGAUGUCUGUCCAGCUGAAGAUGAUGCAUUGGACAGGGUGGAGCCCGUUCCACAAAGCAAAUCUCUGACUCCACCCACUAACUCAGAUCCACCAGAUGAAACUACGGCGACUUCAAACCAGACCGAGCCAGAGUUGCAAAAGAAAGAUGUUGAGACUCCAGCUUUCCACCCUGUUACCCAACAACCUGGUCCACAAGUACCAGAGAUCCCUCCCACUGCCACAGACCAGGACAAUACAACGGCAGCAGAAGCGGGACAUGGAGGACGCUGCACUAAAGGUUCAAAUGGUUUGUGUGAUGCGCCGCUGUUGAAGGUGGAGGAUGUGGAUCAGGGAACAGGUCUGAACAUUCCCCAAAUCAUUACAACCCCAGAACCUGAGUGCAGAGCUUUGAGUGUCCCUGAAACAGCACUCUCCAAAUGCAGUCACAGGCCUCACGCUGGAGAGCUGUUGUCUGCAGAUGAAGAUGAGGAAGAAACUGAUCUGAAGCCUUGGUCCAGUCAGGGGGACCUACUGGGUGCAGCUGAUGAGACUCGUCCACUGUCAGCAGCCAGCAUUGGCAGCAUUGUAGUCCAGGACCGUCUGACCCAGCUGGUCCAGUUGUUUAAAGGUCGAACAGAGCGCAAAAAAGACCGCUUUGUGGACCCUGAUGAAUCUGAGGAGGAAAGCCCAACUGCCUCACCAAGCAAAGCUCCGCUUCCUCCUCCUCCUCCACCAUCACCUCCAGGGGAACAGAAGGAUACCCCAGCUGAUGCAGCAGAAGAAGCAGCUCCACUUUUCCAGACUGACCUCAUGGGAUAUCCCAUCAAAAUUUACAAACCCAAAGCUCCUCCAUUGCCUGACUGGCUGCAAACAAUCUUGGAGUUCCGCUUUCCAUCCAGUAUUGACCCGUUUACUGAUCUGAUCUACGUUAUCUGGCUGUUCUGUGUGGUGGCUGCAUGGAACUGGAACGUGUGGUUGAUUCCUGUCCGCUGGGCAUUCCCAUACCAAACCCAAGAAAACAUCCACCUGUGGCUGCUGGCUGACUACACCUGUGAUCUCAUCUACAUCACAGACAUCCUUAUAUUCCAACCGCGGCUACAGUUCGUCCGUGGUGGAGAUAUAGUGUGUGAUAAAAAGGAUAUGAGAGAAAACUACAUGACCACUGAGAGAUUUAAGAUGGAUGUGAUCAGCCUCUUUCCCAUGGAGAUAUUUUAUUAUUUCACUGGAGUCAACUCUCUGCUGCGGUUCCCCCGCCUACUGAAGUACAUGGUUUUCUUUGAGUUCAACGACAGGAUGGAAGCUGUGAUGAAGAAAGCUUACAUCUACAGGGUGAUCCGAACAUCAACCUACCUGCUGUACUCACUGCACAUCAAUGCCUGUCUGUUCUACUGGGGAUCAGAUUAUGAAGGCCUCGGAUCCACCAAGUGGGUCUACAAUGGAAAAGGCAAUGCGUACAUCCGCUGUUAUUACUAUGCCGUGAAGACUUUGAUCACAAUUGGAGGGCUGCCUGACCCCACCACUGUCUUUGAGAUCUGCUUCCAACUCAUCAACUAUUUUGUUGGAGUGUUUGCUUUCUCAAUCAUGAUUGGUCAGAUGAGAGAUGUGGUUGGAGCUGCAACAGCUGGAGAGAACUAUUACCGGGCCUGUAUGGACAGCACCAUCAAGUACAUGAAUUCCUACCACAUUCCUCGUGAUGUCCAGAACCGCAUCAAAACCUGGUACGACUACACCUGGAUGAGCCAAGGCAUGCUCGAUGAACAGGAGCUGCUGGUGCAGCUGCCUGCUAAAAUGAGACUGGACAUUGCUGUGGAUGUCAACUAUGCCAUCGUCAGCAAAGUUGCCCUGUUUCAGGGCUGUGACAGACAGAUGGUGUUCGACAUGCUGACGAGACUCAAAUCUGUUGUCUACCUGCCUGGAGACUUUGUCUGCAAAAAGGGGGAGAUCGGCAGGGAGAUGUACAUCAUCAAGCAGGGUGAGGUUCAGGUGGUUGGCGGUCCUGACCUGCAGACCGUGUUCGUCACCAUCAGAGCUGGCUCUGUGUUCGGAGAGAUCAGCUUACUGGCAGGAGGAGGAGGAAACCGACGCACUGCAAAUGUAAAAGCACAUGGAUUUGCAAACCUCUUCAUCCUGGAUAAGAAGGACCUGGCAGAGAUCCUGGUGCACUACCCAGAGUCCCAGAAACUGCUCCGCAAGAAGGCGAAGAAAAUGCUGACAAAGGACAAGAAACCACAGGAGAAAGAGGGGAAAGAGGAAGUGCAGGUCAUCCCUCCCAGACCCGACACCCCCAAAAUGUUUAAGGCAGCACUGAAAGUCACUGAGCAGGCGGGCAUCCAAGGGACCUUUGCAAAGCUGAAAAAGGCUUACAAACCAGCAGGGGGUGCUGCAGAGGCUCCACCCCAAGUCUCCCCCAUCCCACCUCCAUCUCCAAUGCACCACCGCUCACCCGUCCCACUCAUACCCGCACGGGACGAUGAUGACGCGGUGUCAGAGACCACCGACAGCACUGUGGUCAUCCGAAUGACACCGCAGAAGCAGGGAGAGGAGCUCCUCACGGUGGAAAUGGCGCCCACUGAAGGAGAUGAAAGAUCUGAAGAGGACAAGAAAUGA